AUGUCAUUGACUGGGGCUACAGGCGGAGCGAACAAUUAUGUCCAAUAUACGGGAAAUGGCUCGAUAGCGUCCGGAUGGCCAUCCGCCUUGACAUGGGUUUCCUUCAACGACAUGUGGGUUGCAAAUCAACACACCAUCUCAAGAAGCUGCGACAUUUUGUACAAUGAGGCCAAUAACUCAGACCAAGAGACUCAAGACCUGUACGAUGCCAUCAAGCAGAUCGCCCAUCAAACUCGAGUCGACCACCGCUUCAUUCUCGCCGCCGUGAUUCAGGAAACAAAAGGAUGUGUGCGAGCGGAGACCAGUGUGUCACCAGACGGAAUCCGAAAUCCUGGUCUACUUCAAUCAUUCAAGGGGACAUAUUCUUGUAAUGAUAAUGGCAAGGUUCAAACCCCUUGCCCUAAGGACACGAUCCUCGGCAUGAUUUCAGAUGGAGUUGCUGGCACAGACGCCGGACAUGGAUUCGCAGCCGAUAUCAACGCCCAAGCAGAUGUUGCGGGAAUUGAAUACGCCGAGGCAUACUACCGCGCAGCACGCCUAUACAACUCCGGUGCCAUCGAUCCGUCCGGAGACUUGGGCAAAGGUUCUGCUACUCAUUGCUACUCCAGCGAUAUUGCAAAUAGACUAGUUGGUUGGACGGACAGUGAGUCGAAAUGCACAUUGGAUGAUGAUUAG